AUGUCCGACUCCAUUCUUGAAACCAUGUCAAUUUUCGAGACAGACGUGUCCGACUCGCUCGAACUCUCUACCAGCGAGUCCAGUGGCUACAGUACGGCUUACACUUCGGGAAGCGACGACAUCAAUGUCCCCGCAUCUCCAGUCACUGUAGCCGCUGGACGAGACCGGCCUCAGUACAGCCAGUGUCCAGUAAAACUGGGUGCAUUGCAAGAAUUUGAACUGAUCAAAGAGAGGUAUCCCGUCCUUGCGUCCACCGGGUGCACCGCCCAGUUUUGCCAGGCGGGACGCGCUAUCCACACUUCUGAGCCCCGAAUUGGGUUUGACCGGCCAUUGGAAGAAGUUCAACUGGAAGCUACCUCCUUCUUACAGGAAAUGAGACUUGCAGGAGCUAUUCAAUCGGACCAAGAACUCGAUCAGAGGCUGAAGGACGUCAUACAGCAGAUCCACGCUGGGGCCAUUCAGACCACAUUCAAAACAGACCGCGGCACAGAGUAUGGACUGGCCGGAGGAAACUGGACCCAGACCGCAGAGGAGCUCGAGUUUGGGACUAGACUUGCCUGGAAGAACGCGCGGAAAUGCAUUAUGCGGUCUCAGUAUCAGGAGCUCAGGCUUUGCGAUCUCCGGCAUGUUGUCUCGAGCAUGGAGAUGGGUCCUGCGCUGAUCAAAGGCAUUGCUGAAGCUUUCAACGGCGGCAAGAUUCAGCCAACGGUGAUCGUGUUCCCUCCGCGAGAAAUUGGCCAGAGGGGACCUAUGAUUUGGAAUCAGCAGUUGCUAGCCUUUGCGGGGUACAAGCUCCAGGACGGAUCCGUGCUUGGUGAUCCAAUAAACGCCGAGCUGACCGAAGCAAUCAUCGAGCUUGGAUGGAACCCCCCUUCCCCUGACUGUCGUACGCAGUGGGAUCUUCUGCCACUCGUCACAAUGGGUGAGAAUGACGAGCCAGCAAUAUUCGAACUCCCAGCUCAGCUCAAGCAACUCGUCCACAUUCGCCACCCACGCUACCAGAAGGAGUUUGAACAGCUUGAUCUCCGGUGGGUUGGAUUUCCCGCCCUUAGCAGACUUGGGUUCGAUAUCGGAGGCGUCCAGUACACCGCAGCACCUUUCGCUGGUUGGUUCAUGGAUGCGGAGAUUGGAGUCCGAGACCUGGCUGACACACUCCGCUACAAUGUGCUGCCGAAGGUCGCGCAGACGUUGAAGCUCUACGAUCUACCAGACCGCGAGCUUGACGAGCUGCCGGAAUAUGAGCGUUUGGCGGCCUUGUCCCGAGCUCAAGCAGAACUCAAUUAUGCAGUACACUGGUCAUAUCUGCAGGCCAAGGUAUCCAUGACAGACAGCCUUACAGCAUCGGCAACGUGGUCCCAGUUUGACGACACUCACAGGCGUGAACACGGAUUUAGACUUCCAGCAGAUCCAUACUGGUUGGCGCCGCCCCAAGGCUCAAUCAUUCCGCUUUGGCAUCGUGGCGGUGCGCCAAAUUACCAGCCAAAACCCCUCAUCUGCCGCCACACGCAAGACCCCGUCAAAGCAUGGAGACGGGAGCGACGGCAGAACUCACUGGACGCGGAGAGCGCAGACUCUGCCCACACCGUGGACGACAUCGCCCCAUCCACUGGCAAGCGUACAACAGCUGUUUCACCUGCGAGCAGGACCGUGCGAAUACACUAUUGCAGUUCAGGCAUAACUGCUGCAAAGCUUGCUUCGAAACUCUACUCACGCCUCUGCUCGCAUGCGAAAGAGACCUCCAGUAUCUAUCGCGUUCUCCCAGCAGCGACACUUAACGAACUCGACAUCUCAAGUAUACAAGCGGAAGAUUUGACCCUCCUCAUCGUUAGUUCCACCGGACGCGGGGAGAUACCUCUUAAUGGAGCCAAAUUUGCUCUGCGGUGUGAGAAACGUGGAAUGGAAACGAAGGCACGGUUUACGCUGUUCGGGAACGGAGACAGCAGUUACGGAGACACAUUCAAUACAGCCGCGUCGACCGUUGCCGAGUCGUUCAUGUCUAUAGGUGCCCAGCCGAUCGCCGGCGGACUAUUCGAGGGCGAUACGGCGUGUGAAAAUCCUCCCUGGACAGCAUUCGAAGAAUGGUGGAAUCGGAUCCAGCUGUUUCUCUCCGGCAAAGAACUUCCACUUAUCAAGGAGUCAAAGACUACAAGGGGGAACGCACAGCCACUGUUCCGCAACUUUGCGCAAGCAACGCUGGUCGGCAAAUCCGAGAAAUCGGAAGGCAUCGUCCGAGUCACACUCAGUCUUGGUCGCCGCACGUACCAGGAAAUGGAUCACAUCAAGAUCCUGCCUCCGAACAGAUCUAAAAAGAUCCUUUGCGUUAUAAAAUCCCUCGCUGUCUGCCCAGAGCAUCCACUGCCGUUUGCUGCAGACCUCUCUGUCUACUCCUAUUUACGCUUUGUCGACCUAGACCUUCCAUUCAGGUCUCUUGGUUGGCUCUCCAAAAUUACUGGGCUUGUGCCGCAGACUCAAGCUUCGUUAUCUUCCAAACACGUGCCGGAAGUAUUGGAGCUCCUUUCACAUGGUGGCUUCAUUCCACUCCUAGACAUCAACGAGAUCUGCCGAUGCAUGCAUCUCCUCGUCCCUCGAACCUUCUCCAUUGCCUCCUCUCCAUCACGCUUACACCCCAAGAGCACGUACUCAACUCCGCGUAAUCUCGUUGAUCUUCUUGUCAAGAUCCAACCUCACGGCCGCUUCAGUACAAACUUCCUCGGUCCAGCGGAACCAGGCGAGACGAUGCGGUACAUGAUCUGUGCGUCUCCGGCGUGGCCCAUGCUAGAUUCCUCUAUCGUCGGUCCGAUCAUCGCCGUUGUCACAGGCUCGGGAUUAGCACCACUGCGAGGCCUACUCCAGAAGCGCGUUGCGGCUGCGAAGGCAUCUGAACCCUCCGCUACAAGCGAUGCCUGCACAGGGUUUGCCGAGUCGCCGAUCAGUCUGUUCAUCGGACACAGAGCCGUGGAUGUCGACAUCAUUGAAGAGGCCAUUGCUGAUGCGAGACAUUUUGCGGCACUUGACAUCGUAUCGGUGGUGCUAAGCAACUCGGGUGGUAUUCGCAUUCAAGACAAACUCCUCGAGGAUGGUAUCGCGAAGAAGGUGGCUGCAAAAUUGAGACACCCAGGCUGUCGGGUUUUUGUCUGCGCGAACCCCGCGGCUGCGGAGGCGACUGUACUGAAUUUAUCGAGCCUGCUAGGCGAGGAUGUGAAGGCCGCGCUUGGGGACAGAUAUCUGGAGGAGGUGUACGGAAUACCGGCGGGAGUACCUGCGUAA